CAGAGUGCUGCACAUAGACACCAAUUUUAUUUCUGCAGCUUCAAAGACAGCGACUUUUGAUAAAGCUGGCCUUGUAGCACAUUGUCUAGUUUACAACGAUUUGAAAGAGCCAUCGUUUAUGUUUUGAGAAAUUAGAUCUCAUGAGUUAUUGAUGCCGGAAGUCUGAAUCUGUGAAUAUCUUUCCUACUUUACCGAACUGCCCUGACUGACUUCCUGCUCAGAGUUCCGUUAUCUGGGUGGAGUUCACCGACUUUCAGCGCCGUUUUUCUCCCGUUUCUCCGCAGCUGCUCCUCACUGAUUCUUUUCUAGACAAACAUUCAGGAAGCGACAUCAACUUGUGUUUGCUGGUUACACUUUGUUUUUUUUUUGUCGGAUAUUUGCACCAAACUACCAGAGGAUCGGAGGAAGAAGAAGACGGUAAAAUGUCUGCUGGAACAUCUGAGUUCUUCUGUCUGAUCUCUUUACUGGUCUGUUCCUGUACAGCUCAGGAAAAAAUCACAGCUGAACCUGGACAGGAUGUCAUUUUACCGUGUAAAGCUUCCAACAUCAACGACAUCAACGACAUCACAGCUGCAGAGUGGAUAAGACCUGUACUGGAUCCAGAAUAUGUUCUCUUGUACCGGGAUGGACGCUUUGAUCCACACAACCAGCAUCCAUAUUAUAAGAACCGUGUGGAUCUGCAGAACAAAGAGAUGAAGGAUGGAGACUUUUAUCUGAUUCUGAAGAAAGUGACGAUGAACGACACUGGGAUAUAUGUGUGUCGUGUUUCUCAGAAAGGAAAGACUGAACCCUUCAGCAACAUCUACCUGGAAGUUCGUCCACCAGAUCAUUCCAGGGCCAUAGUCGGUUUGGCUGUUGGUUUGCCUCUUGGUGUGUUGGUCUGCCUCCUGUUAGCUGCAGCAGUUUUUCUUUACAGACAAUACAGAAAAAUGACGGAGGCUUUGGCAAAGACAAUUGUACAAGGGGACCUGGAAGCAUCCGUAACUAUAGAAGAAGUCAACCUAAUGAAGAACUACAUCAGUCUCCAGAACAAAUCCUCUGAGGAGAUAGAACUGGAAGGCUGCAGGUUAGAAGUACAGAGAAACAACAGAGAACCAGACAUAUACCAUUUGAGAAGGCAGUAAAACUUCAGGCUGGAGAGAUUCUCUGUAUGGGGCACAAGUUGGUUGAAACAUCCUCAAGACGUUAAUCUGAAGUGUCAGAACUAGAGAAAUGGAAUCCUGGAGACAAAGUGCAGAUCAAACUCAUCAACAACAAAGGAGAAAUCUUCAGACUGCUGUAGUGUGAAUAAACAUGUGAAACAUCGUUUUUUUAUGUCCAGCAGAAGGUUGCCAACAUCUCCAUCAUCUAGAUUGAUCCUGUGGAUUGUUGCUGCUGCUGCUGGUCUUCAUCAACUUUUCUGUUGCUUUGUCUGGAAAUAAAUGUGUUCCAAAGCUCUGCAUGUUAGAACCUGAUGAAAUGUUGUGGAUGUAAAGUGUUCUGUCAGAUGAGAUCAGAAGCAGAUAGAAAAGUUCUGAUUGUCCAGAAUGAAGCAGAACUGAUGAACAACUUUAGACUGAACUGGUUUGAAUGUUUUAUCUGUUAGCAGCUCUGAUGAUGCUCUGGACUGCUUUAAACAUUAAGGUCAGUUUAUAUCAUGUAUUUUAUAUAUUUUUAUACUACUCAGUUUGAUCUUCAUCCUAUAUCAUGUUUAGUUGUUAAUCUGCAGAUAAAUGCAGUAAAAUAACAUUGUUUGUUCCUGAACUGUAGUGAAGGUUGAACAGAAUAAACAGAACUUCUACUGAUAGAAUGAACUGAGUUACUUCACAGAAAUGAUUGUUUAUCCUGUUACAGACUGGAAAUAAGGAACUUUUCUGCUGCUUUUUGUGCUUCUGCUUUGAUGCUAAACUGUUUGAUUCUCUUAGUUCUUGUCCUCUGAACAAUAAAGUUGAAUCUAAUCAGUGA